AUGAAUUUUAAAUUCAAAACAGUAAUACACAAUUUAAAAAAUAAAUUCAAACAUGAAUUUGUGUCUGAUAAAAAGAAAUUAUACUCUCAUAAAUUUAUGAAAAAUAAAUAUAAUAUAUAUGAAAAUAAUGGGUUGUUAAAUUAUGGUUGUUCAAUGAAAAAAUAUUUAUUUGGUAAUCGUAAAGAAGAUCAAGAUGAAGAAUUUAAAGGUAUAUAUAAAAAUGAGAAUAUGAAACGUUAUCAAAUAUGGAAUUAUAAUAAUAAAUUAUCACAAAUAGAUACAUAUAAUAAUAUGAUAUCAUCACAAAAAAAAAAUACAUAUAAUAAUUUUAUAUCCUCCACUAAAGAUAAAUAUAAUAAUUAUUAUCAUACUCUCUUUAAUAAUAAUAAUAUCUUUAAUCAAAAGAAAUUUUUUUUUUUUUUUAUGGCUAUCUGUUUGGGUUUAAAUAAAAUUCUGAACACUCAGGAAGAAAAUAAUAAUUCCUUAAAAAAAAAAAAAAAAAAAAAAAAAAAAAUUCUGAACAACCAUUUUUUUGGCUUGUCCAAUCAAACAGCUAGUUGUUGUGGAAUUAUGGCAUAUAUGGGGAAUAGAGAUGCUUCCAAGAUAUUAAUAGAUGGUAUUGAAAUUUUACAAAAUAGAGGAUAUGAUUCAUGUGGAAUGUCAACUAUAAGUAAUAAAAAUGUUUUAAAAACAACGAAGUAUGCAAGUAAUACAACUUGUGAUGCUAUUGAAAAAUUAAAAUCGAAUUACCUGAACAGUCAUAAAAAUGAUCAUAUAGGAAUUGCACAUACACGAUGGGCAACACAUGGAUGUAAAACUGAUGAAAAUGCUCAUCCACAUGUUGAUUAUGGUGAACGUAUAAGUAUAGUUCAUAAUGGUAUAAUUGAAAAUUAUAGAGAAAUUAAAACAUUUUUAUUAAAAAAUAAUAUUCCAUUUAAAUCAAAUACUGAUACAGAGGUAGUAGCUAAUUUGAUAGGAUAUUUCUUAGAUAAAAAACAAUCAUUUCAAGAUGCUGUUUUGUCAGCCAUAACACAAUUAGAAGGUACAUGGAGUUUUUGUAUAAUACAUAAAAAUCAUCCGGAUGAAAUGAUUUUAGCUUCAAAUGGAUCACCUUUACAUAUUGGUUUCAAGGAUGAUGAGAUUUUUAUAGCAUCUGAACAUACAGCUUUAUUUAUGUUUACUAAUGAAUAUAUUUCCUUAAAAAAUGGAGAAAUACUUUCUAUAAGUAAAGAUAAAAUAAAUGAUUUAAAAUCAUUGAAGAAAGUAGAAAGUAUUCCAGAAAUAGCCAUACAAAAAACUCCACAUCCAUAUCCACAUUGGACUAUUAAAGAAAUACAUGAACAGUCAGAUACUUUAUCCAAGUCAUUAAAUAAUGGUGGUAGAUUUAGUAGUGGAGAUCAUUAUGUAAAAUUAGGAGGAUUAGAUCCGUAUAUACAAGAUUUAAAUAAAAUAGAAAAUUUAGUUUUGGUUGGAUGUGGUACGUCUUAUUAUGCAGCAUUAUUUGCUAAAUAUCUUAUGAAUUACUUAAAUUGUUUUAAUACUGUUCAGGUUAUUGAUCCUAUCGAUUUUAAUAUAUCGGUAAUACCAAAAGAAAAAGAAGGAGUUAUAUUCAUAUCACAAAGUGGUGAAACACGAGAUGUUAUAAAAGCCUGUAAAUUAGCAGAAGAUUUAAAUGUAAGGAAAUUGUCAGUUGUUAAUUCUGUUGGAUCAACAAUUGCAAAUAUGACAGGUCGUGGAGUGUAUUUAAAUGCAGGUAGAGAAGUAGGAGUAGCAUCAACAAAAUGUUUUACGUCUGAAGUAUCCGUGUUAACAUUAAUAGCCUUAUGGUUUUUUCAAAAUAAAAAAAAUAAUCAAUCGAGUAAUAAGGCAACAUCCUUAAUUAAUUCUUUACAUAGAUUACCUUUAUAUGCAGGAGUAACAAUUAAAUCAUGUGAAAAUACAUGUAAAACAUUAUCAGAGAAAUUUAAAAAUACCAAAUCUAUGUUAAUUAUAGGAAAUGGUUUAAGUUAUCCUAUAGCACAAGAAGGUGCUUUAAAAAUUAAAGAAUUGGCUUAUAUACAUUGUGAAGGUUUCACUGGAGCUUCUCUUAAACAUGGACCAUAUGCAUUAUUAGGUGGUGAAGACAAUAUCCCUGUAAUUAUGUUAUUAUUUAAUGAUAACACCAAAAAUGCAAUGAUCAAUACAGGAGAACAAAUAAAAUCAAGAGGAGCACAUAUUAUAUGUUUAACAGAUGAUGAAAACUUGGUUAAGCAUUUUGCAGAUGAUAUCAUUUUAAUUCCAAAUAAUGGUAUCUUAACACCUUUACUAGCAGUCAUACCUUUACAAAUGUUGGCAUAUUAUACGAGUGUAAACAAGGGUAUUAAUCCUGACAAACCGAGAUGCUUAGCCAAAACGGUAACCGUGUCGUGA